CGCCUGCUCGAUGCAGAUGCGGGUUGCUGCUUUGUAUUUUUUCAAUAAUUAUAUUUUUAAUAAUACUGGUUAAAUUCCCAAUUUGCCAUUAAUUAGGCGGAUCAAUGUAAAAUACCUUCAUAAUUAGGUGAUCGCCUCCCAUUAGUAAUAAAUAUGGUGACAAAAGGUGUAUAAUAAAUUAACCAACAAGGUACUGUUAUUUCAGGACCUAGGUAUCUGCAUAACUGAGGACUUGCAUAGGUAUUCAUCGACGCUAAUCUUCGCUUGGUUUUCCUAAUAAACGUUGGUCGUGAGCCAAGAUGGCGGAAGCUCAUUCUGCUGUGGCAUUCUCGUUCGCGAUCACCCACGACGGUUGGGACGUGAACUUUGACCGUGAGGUCCUCUACUUGGUUUGGGAGUCUGGUCUACGCUCGUGGAAGAAGCGCUUGGCGCGUUUCAGAAACAGUGUCCACAACGGUGUGUACCCGGGCCACCUUCAGUCGCUGUACUUCCUUUGGACUGUGCUUGUGGCGGCACACUUUGCCGGCCUGAACAUACCAUUCGGGCUGGUGCAGAAAGCUUUGACGAUACUCCCCAGUAAUUCAACGUUAUGGCAAGUUAUAGCUUGUCUUCUUGCUGCCCUCGCGAUGUGGUUGACGGUCAUCUUCUUGAUGCGGUAUGCGCUCAAGCUCCUGCUUAUGUACAAGGGAUGGAUGUACGAGUCCCGCGCACCUGGUUCACGGAUAUCUAUGAAGACGAUGCUAUGGGCCAGCGUCGUUAAGGUACUCUCGGGGUGGAACAAGCCCCGUCUCUACAGCUUCCAAGGCUCCCUGCCUCGGCUGCCGCUGCCUACCGUCUCCGACACUAUGCGACGGUACUUAUUGAGCGUACGGCCACUGUUGGACGAUGAAAACUACAGGCGGGUCGAAAGACUCGCGAAGGAGUUCGAAGAAACUAUAGCAGUCAAGUUACAGAGAUACUUGAUCCUCAAGUCAUGGUGGUCAAGCAACUACGUAUCAGAUUGGUGGGAGGAAUACGUGUACCUGCGUGGUCGCUCGCCGCUGAUGGUCAACUCCAACUUCUACGGGACCGACACCCUGCUGCGCCCGACGCGCGUGCAAGCCGCGCGCGCAGCCACCAUCAUACAUUUCUGUCUGCGCUUCAGGAGACUUAUCGAGAGGCAGGAGUUGGAACCGAUAAUGCUGCAAGGCAUGGUGCCGCUGUGCUCGUGGCAGUACGAGCGGCUGUUCAACACGGUGCGCGUGCCGGGCGUGGAGCGCGACCGCAUCGUGCACUACCAGGACUCGACGCACGUGUCCGUGCACUGCCGCGGCAAGUACUACAAGCUGGUGGUGUACUCGCGCGGCCGCCUGCUGAACCCCGCGGAGAUACAGACUCAGCUGCAACAGAUCCUGAGCGACGAAUCGCCAGUCGCGCCGGCGGAGGCGAGGAUCGCGGCGCUGACGGCGGGCGAGCGGUCGCACUGGGCGCACGCGCGGCAAACGCUGUUUCAGCGUGGACACAACCGCACGUCGCUGCACUGCAUCGAGCGCGCCGCCUUCCACGUCUCACUAGAUGACUCGGAGUACGGGUUCGACGAGCACGACGUGUCGCGGCUCGACCAGUACGGGCGCGUGCUGCUGCACGGCAAAGGCUACGACCGCUGGUUCGACAAAUCCUUCAACCUCUGCUUCAGCACCGACGGUUCUGUUGGGUUCAACACUGAACAUACAUGGGCAGACGCGCCAGUCAUGGGCCAUCUUUGGGAAUACGUGAUCUGGUCUGAGUUAGAGUAUGGGUACGAUGAAAGCGGGAACACGCGCGGAGUGGUUGCAGCACCACCGCCGCCCCCCGUACGGCUGACUUGGCACCUCUCGGAGCCCUUGGUGGCAGCGGUGGACACUUCGUACCGUGUCGCUGACGCGUUGCUCAAGGACCUGGAUCUACGCAUACUCAUGUUCACCGGCUAUGGGAAAGGUUUCAUGAAGAGCUGCCACAUAUCGCCAGACGCGUUCAUCCAAAUGAUCCUGCAGCUGUCGUACUUCCGCGCGGCGGGGCGGUUCUGCCUCACGUACGAGGCGUCCAUGACGAGGCUGUACCGCGAGGGCCGCACUGAGACCGUGCGCUCCUGUACGCUGGAGAGCUGCGCCUGGGUCAAAGCCAUGCAGGACCCCACUACGACGGUGGAGGAGCGCGUGAAGCGCUUGCGAGUGGCGGCGGCGCGUCACCAACUGGGCUACCAGGACGCCAUGGCGGGCAGAGGCAUCGACCGCCACCUGUUCUGCCUCUACGUGGUCUCCAAGUACCUCGAGCUGGACUCGCCUUUCCUGCAGGAGGUGUUCAACGAGCCCUGGCGACUGUCCACCAGCCAGACGCCACAUGGUCAAACGAGCCUACUGGACCUCAAGAAGUACCCCAAGUGCGUGAGCGCGGGCGGUGGUUUCGGGCCUGUGGCGGACGACGGCUAUGGCGUGUCUUACAUCAUCGCGGGCGAGGACACUCUGUUCUUCCACGUCUCCAGCAAACUCAACUGCCCCGUAACGAGCUCAACCAAGUUCGUGCAACAAAUCGAGCAGUCCCUGAACGAUGUGCGCGAUCUCUUCGCAGAGUACAAAAAGCUGAACAAUGGCGUCGAGAUGAAAAACAGUAAAUAGGUCUUAUUUUAGAUAAUAGACUGUAUAAAGUGAACUUUCGAGCAUAAGUAGCCUUGUUCUAAUAACUUUUUUUUUUUUUUGAUGACGUCUCUGGACGCCUGGCUUUUGUUCAUAGCCACGAAAUAAAUGUACAGUUACCAAUGGGGAUCCACGCGCAAAACUGACCUCAUAGGGCGCCACGAGGUCCGGCAAAUAUCAAUGUCAAAUCAACAUAGUUCGUUUUGUUUUGUUAUCAAUACAAUACAGGGUGUUUGGUAAUAAGUAUAUAAU